AUAAUAGCCGAGGUUGUCAUGGUGAACGUACAAGUGGAUCGUGUUUGUGGGUUGGGGCGUAGAGAUUUAAAGACUGCUUCUGGCUACCUGGAUGCAGAGUCGACUAGAGUCUCUCGUAGUUUACCUCGUCAUGUGUGGAGACUGUGAGGGAGACGCGGAACAACUAGCACUAGACAGGUGUUUGAAGAGUGGUCUGCAAAGACGCCUGGAAAUACCAGAAGUCUUGGACGUCGACUCAACUUCUCUCUCCCCUCACUCCGCUUCACCACAAGAAAUGGCAUCUCCGGCAGUUUUGGGAAAGGCUGUUUGUGCUAACUGUCGAGAGGAAAUUGUGGAUAAAUACUUACUCAAGGUGAACGACUUGUGCUGGCAUGUGCGCUGUCUGUCGUGCAGCGUGUGCCAGGCUUCGCUUGGCGGCCAUGCAAGUUGCUACAUUAAAGAAAAAGAAGUGUUCUGCAAAGUGGAUUAUUUUAGGAGGUACAGGACCUGGUGCGCGUGCUGUGGCCGCAGCAUCCACUCCACAGACUGGGUGCGGAGAGCCAAGGGCAACGUCUACCACCUGGCCUGCUUCGCCUGCUUCUCCUGCAAGAGGCAGCUGUCCACGGGAGAGGAGUUUGCCCUGGUCGAGGAUAAGGUCCUGUGUCGGGUACACUACGACUGUAUGCUGGACAACCUCAAACACGCCGUGGAAAAGGGAAACCUGGUCAGUAUGGAGGGAGCCUUGCCCACCGAACAAGAAGUGAAUCAGCCCAAGCCAUCAAAGAGAGCCCGCACCAGCUUCACAGCAAACCAGCUGCAGGUGAUGCAGGCUCAGUUUGCGCAGGACAACAACCCCGAUGCCCAGACGCUGCAGAAGCUGGCGGAGCAGACAGGCCUGAGCAGGAGGGUUAUUCAGGUGUGGUUUCAGAACUGUCGGGCGCGGCACAAGAAGCACAUCAGCCCGACCCACCCCUCCUCCUCAUCUUCAUCUUCCUCCUCGUCCUCCACCUCCUCCAUGCCUGGCCUCUCCAUCUCCUCCCUGCAGCCCCUGCGCCUCCCCCAGCCCGUCAUGGAGGAGCUGCAGUAUACGUCCUACGAACCCACUGAGGGAUCCAUGCUUUCUGCACUGCACUCUUACAUUGACGUUCAUUCGCCAUCUCCGGUGAUGUACCAGGCUCUACUGCCCCAUCCAGGAACGCCGCUGCCCGUAAGCCAUGCAUAGGCAUAGGCUGCCCAACCCUGUGCCCCACCUCACCCCCACCCUCACCUCAUCUGGAAACCGGUCCACCACUGGCACCUGAUGAGGGGUCUGUAUGGAAAAUGUUCAUUUCUACAUCAGCGGGUCAGGCUGUAAAAUGGGUAUAUUGGUGCAUUCUGAGACCGAAAGCCAUCAGUGUGAAUGAUGCAAGAUGUGUAAAGCUGAGCUAUGCUCAAUUGACGGCCUGUUGUGAUCCACACAGUGGACUAAACGCCUCUGUCUCCCACAGCGGGAGAUCUGCACGCUCCAUUUAGAGUCUGUCUCUUGGCACACAGAUCUUAUUUAGACUGUUUAGUGUCCUUUUGUGCAGUGCGUGACCAAUUUGACGACAGUUAAAAAGGUGCAGUGGUACACUGGCAUUACUACCUCUGGUCGUGGUAAAGGUUUGGCUUUGAUAAACAGAAUCUGGUAGAGCGUUCAUGACGGCGUUCACAAGGCUGAGGUGAAUAGGGUCCACCUCUACCCCUUUAUGUAUAAUAGUUCUGAUUAUAUGCAUAUUCCGUGCAAGCUUUAUGCUCAUUUCUGCCAUAUACACGGUAUGUGUAAUAAAUAAUUGCUUUGUACGCGCAGCCAAUACAUGGGUCAUUGUAAGAAUUGGCUAUGAUUAUAGUGAUGAGAAGCACCGUUUUGGCGUUGUGUAGCAUUGUGUUGCUUAGAUAUUGAAGAUGUUUGCCAAUUCAGUAAGAAAUGGAUGCUGCUGAUACAUGACUAUGAAUGUUGUGCUGGAAAAAAUGUCUGUUUUAUUUCUGUAUGUUGUACAUAUGAAUUAUUUAAGUUUCUAUUUAUUUCCGGUGCUACACUCUUGUUUUUAAAUAAAUGUAAAAUGACA